AUGAACAUUUUCCGUUUUCUUGCAGAUCUCUCGCACCUAGCAAGUAUUCUUAUACUUAUAUAUUCCAUCGAGACCAAUAAAUCCAUACAGGGCCUUUCGUUGAAGACCCAGUCUCUCUAUGUGAUUGUUUUCUGUACCAGAUACUUGGAUCUUUUCACAAGUUACCAUUCGUUAUACAAUACUUUGAUGAAGAUAUUUUUCAUUGCUUCGUCCGUAUACGUUGUAUACAUCAUGACCAAGAAGUAUCAGAAGUCAAUUAAGGAAGACAUUGAUACCUUCCCAAUCCGUUACUUGACCGGUGGUGCAUUCAUCUUCGCAUUAAUUUUCACCAACAAGUACACACCGGGUGAAGUCUUGUGGUCUUUCUCCAUUUGGCUCGAGUCUGUGGCCAUUUUACCUCAACUCUUUAUGUUGCAGAGAACCGGUGAAGCAGAGAACAUUACUGUCCACUACAUUGCCGCUUUAGGUGCCUACAGAGCCUUGUACAUCCCCAACUGGGCUUACAGGUACUUCACCGAGGGAAGGUUCGAAAAGAUUUCGUUUUUCGCGGGGGUUGUUCAGACGUUAAUCUACUCCGAUUUCUUUUAUAUUUAUUACACUAAGGUCAUGAAGGGGAAGAAGUUUAGUUUGCCUGUAUAG